AUAAGACUUAUACUGGUGUUUACCAUGUCAACGUAACCCUAUAUUUUUACCCUUCUGUGAAAAAAAUGAAUCGUUUUGAGGAAAGGGCGGAAAUUUUAGGAUCUGGGGCUGGUUCUCAGGCUGAUUUGAUCAUACCCUUUUCGCGGGAUUUGCCACUGAAAGAUGGGUUGUGGUAUGAGAUCGAGAAUGCUACUGAUGUUAAAGUGAAGGAAUUUGAAAUUCCUCAGAAUGUUUAUCGGGCUGUGUUGGAGGUAUAUGUUUCUUUUCAUGAGAAUGACGAGUUUUGGUAUGGAAAUCCUCCGAACGAUUAUAUUGCUGCGAAUAAUCUUACAAAUUUGGCAGGGAAUGGACCUUUUAGGGAAGUUGUGGUUAGUUUGGAUGGUGAAGUGGUUGGAGCUGUUUGGCCUUUCACUGUGGUGUAUACAGGAGGAAUUAAUCCUCUCUUGUGGAGACCAAUUAGCGGAGUUGGUUCAUUUGAUCUCCCUACUUAUGAUAUUGAAAUUACCCCAUUUUUGGGGGACUUAUUGGAUGGGAAAACCCACAAACUAGGUUUUAGUGUUACAAAUGCUUUGAAUGUCUGGUAUAUUGAUGCUAAUUUGCAUCUAUGGUUGGAUAGUAAGAGCACUAAGACUGAAGGGAAGAUUUUGCAGCAUGACAUUGUUCCUCUCGGUGUUUCUUCUGUGUCAGAUUUUAAGGGUUUAAAUGGAACAUUCAUUACAAAUACAACCAGGUUCAUAUCCUCGACUGGAUGGGUCAAGUCCUCUUAUGGUACAGUCACAACCAAAUCUAUUCAAGAUUUAAGUUAUAGUAACUCAAUGGUGAUGGCCAAGGAUGGAGAUCUGCAGAUCGUGCAUCAGAUGAUCCAUUUUAAUGACAGUAUUUAUGCAAUGAUGCCACCCUCUGAUGCUAAAUCAAAGAAAUCACUCAAGAGGUUUCUUUUAUACUUAUACUCUGACUAUCUCGAUCAAGGAAAUGGAACUUCAUUGUCCGUAGCAAAUGUCACAUUGGGAUUUAAUGAGAAGAAGUUUAAAGAUGCUGAUGCCGGGUCACCUAGCAGUUCACUCAAGAAUUUGCAGAAUGGACAGGGUGUUAUGGUUGUAAAGGACAACUUGGUUGUUAGUGGAGUGGGAAGUACCCAACAAAUGUACAAUUAUGAUAGCAGCAAAUUUUGCUACUCCAGGAACAUAAGCAGCUCAAACUACACCAUUCUUUAUGAUGAAGUGGGAAAGACAUGCAAUAACAGAGCACAAUUUCAUUUUGGAUUUGGCCUCAGCAGAUGGUGGCCUUUUCCAGCUCGAAGAGCUUAUUUAGCAUCUCAUGUAGUUGAUCCAAAUGGAAAUUAGUAAUUUGACUCAAUUGCUUUUGAGCUACUUUAUGUGGAGUUCUCCAAUUAGAUCUUUCAAGAUUCGCACAUGUGGAUACUCCCAAUAAAUUGUAAGUGUUCCCAUAUUUUAUUUCAAUUUCUUAUGAAGACAGAUGAAUUUGUAAA